UCCUCAAAUAAGUAAAGUAGUCUCUCCGGCUCUCCACGACUCGCUCUCUCCCCCCACGCAGAGCGAGCCGCGCGCCUCGGUCGCCACCGCAUCGGAUCGAUCGGCCACAGAGACGAGGAGGGGGAGCCGCGCGCGGCCAUGAUGCCGUCGUCGUCCAUGCCCGGCGCGGGCUCCUCGGAGCUGAUCUACCGCGGCCUGCACGACGCGCAGGCGGUGGCGGAGGAGGAAGCAGCAGGCGCCGGCGGGUCCUCGUCGGCGGCCAACAAGCCGCCGCACGGGCACGGCAGGGGGGCGCCGCCGCCGCCGUGGGUGCGGUACGUUCUGGGCGAGCAGCGCCUGGUGUUCGCGCUCCUCGGCAUGGCGCUCGUCUUCCUGCUCGCGCCCUCCGCCUCGUGCAGCGCGACCACGUACACGCACACCACCAGCAGCAGCAGCGUGGAGUACAGCAGCAUGAGCAGGGUGGCGGCGUUGGGGCAGCCGCAGCAGGAGGUGGUCCGGCCCCCGGGGCGCGUGCCGCUGGGGCUGAAGCGCAAGGGCCUGCGCGUGGUGGUGACCGGCGGCGCCGGGUUCGUGGGCAGCCACCUGGUGGACCGGCUGCUGGCGCGCGGCGACAGCGUGAUCGUGGUGGACAACCUGUUCACGGGGCGCAAGGAGAACGUGCUCCACCACGGCGGGAACCCGCGGUUCGAGAUGAUCCGGCACGACGUGGUGGAGCCGAUCCUGCUGGAGGUGGACCAGAUCUACCACCUGGCGUGCCCGGCGUCGCCCGUGCACUACAAGCACAACCCGGUGAAGACGAUCAAGACCAACGUGGUGGGCACGCUCAACAUGCUGGGCCUGGCCAAGCGCGUGGGCGCCCGCUUCCUGCUCACCAGCACCAGCGAGGUGUACGGCGACCCGCUGCAGCACCCGCAGGCGGAGACCUACUGGGGGAACGUCAACCCCAUCGGCGUGCGCAGCUGCUACGACGAGGGCAAGCGCACGGCCGAGACGCUCACCAUGGACUACCACCGCGGCGCCAACCUCGAGGUUCGGAUCGCUCGGAUCUUCAACACCUACGGGCCGCGCAUGUGCAUCGACGACGGCCGCGUCGUCAGCAACUUCGUCGCUCAGGCGCUGAGGAAGGAGCCACUGACGGUUUACGGCGACGGCAAGCAGACGAGGAGCUUCCAGUACGUCUCCGAUCUGGUUGAGGGCCUGAUGAAGCUGAUGGAGGGCGAGCACGUGGGGCCCUUCAACCUGGGGAACCCCGGCGAGUUCACCAUGCUGGAGCUGGCCAAGGUGGUGCAGGACACCAUCGACCCCAACGCGCGCAUCGAGUUCCGCCCCAACACCGCCGACGACCCGCACAAGCGCAAGCCCGACAUCAGCCGCGCCAAGGAGCUGCUCGGCUGGGAGCCCAAGAUCUCUCUCAAGAAGGGCCUGCCGCUCAUGGUCCAGGACUUCCGCGACCGCAUCUUCGGCGACCAGAAGGACGCCGCCGCCGGCGACAACUGAUAGAUGAUGAUCCACCUAGCUGCUGCAUUGUUCGUUUCUCUUUCAGCCGUACGUAUAGCUAGGAUCUCGAGAGUUGAUGAAGGCCGGGAAAGAUGAUGCUAGCUGGGAAUCCGAUCCGUGACCACCGGAAUUGAAGCAACCAAGGAUGAUGAUCGACCGAUACGUGUAGUAUGUGUAGGAUAGUUAUUAACUAGGAAUCUGCUGCGCAGAUGCAUCAUACAGAUCAAGGAUACAUGUAGCUGCUGCUGCUAGAACCAAUGAUGAGCCGCACAAGGAGGUCGAGGCCCUCCUCGAUCGCGACGACUACUAUAUGCCGCCGAGCCGACCUUCAUGUUCUUUAAUUUUUAGUCCCUUUUGUUGGUAGUAGCGCGCCGCGAGUUGAUUCUUUCUUGAUUUUUUUUUCAUGUGUUUUUUUCUUGUUUCUUCGAAGAAAUGUAUGUUGUGAUCUUCUUAUUAGCCCUUGUCCUGUGUCUCUGACGAUGACUAUGAUUCUGCAAUAACAAUAUACCACCUGUGGAUGCAGAAUACACAUGCACACUAAUUUUGUCCUA